AUGGCGAACGAGAACGAUAAAAAAGAUGAGGAAAAGGAUCCGAUGGACGCGGUUCGAUUUAAGCCCGGCAAGCAUUUCGGCCAAUGGACAAUUGAAAAAACGUUAGACGAAGGUGGCUUUGGUCAGGUGUAUCUGGUAAAGCGGAACGAUGGAAAACGGGCGGCGCUAAAAGCGGAAUCAAAUGCAGUGGAAGGUGGAUCAGCAAUCAAAUUGGAGCAGCUUAUCCUCAAAAAGCUCAAUAAGAACGGUGCGAUGCCUCAUGUCCCAGAACUUUUCGCAUCGGCGAAACGAAAAAACUACUGCUACAUGAUCAUGACGUUGCUUGGCGAGAACUUGAAGUCGUUGAAGAGCAAACGACCCAAGGAACGAUUCUCUCGUGGUACAUGGUCUCGUGUGGGUAUUCAGUGUCUUUAUGCGCUCAAGUACAUGCAUGACUGUGGAUUCGUUCAUCGAGAUAUCAAACCACAGAAUUUUAUGCUGGGGAAUGAGGAAGACAAGGAGAGAGCCAGAAUCGUUCAUAUUUUGGAUUUUGGUCUAGCUAGGCAGUAUGCCAAAUUUAGCGAGGCCACAAAGAAAUGGACGGCUCGCCGAGCCCGUGGCAGUGCCGAAUUCCGUGGAACACUUCGCUACACCUCUCCAAACGUUUGCUUGCGAAAAGAGCAGGGACGAGUCGACGAUGUCUGGUCUCUUCUUUAUGUGCUCAUUGAGCUCAACGGAGGGCUGCCUUGGCAGACAUCACAGAAGAGGGAUGAGGUGGAGGCGAUGAAGAUUCUGAUGCCGGAAAAGGAUCAGAUGCUGAACAUGCCGACGUGUAUGGGUGGUGUGAUUCCACACUUGAAAACGCUUAGUUACUAUAAUAGACCUGAUUAUCAUUUGAUCUUCAAAGCUCUGUGGCAAGUGAUGCUCAACGAAGGACAGACGCCACGCUCCAGAUUCGAUUGGGAGAAGAAGGAUCCAGAUCCAUCAGUUCCACCAGCCGAUUGGGAGAAUCCGGAUGGUCGCUUCUUCAAACAAGACGACAUUGGAAUCAAUGGGCCGCCACCGGCCGGUGUGGACGCCGGCGAAUCUACCGUAGUCGAUGGAGACCCAUUGAAAAGUGACAAAGUGAAGUCGUUGAAUUUGAAGAAGUAG